AUGAAGUUUAUGAUCGUUCUACUGUGCCUGCUGAUCGGAGCUCAAGGUGAGAAACGUUUUAUAUUAUCCAUGACAAAAGGUGGAGUUUUAUAAACAUUUUAGUGUAUUUGAUGGGAAAUUGAUGCUCAGAUUAAUGUAGAAGUCUAAUAUGGUCGAUUUUUAGCCGAAUUGCACAUCAGAGCCCGUCGCGAUUGGUUUAGUGACAUUAAAAACAGUGUUGCCGAUGCCGGGAAAACGGUCUUCAAUGGGGCCAAGGACGUCAUCGAGAACCCAGGAGAGCAUCUAGGUAGGCAGAGUGAAGUCUGGCCGUGAAGUGUUACACCAUUCUGAUAACAAUUCUGGCACUUUAACAAUUUUAGAAAAAGCCGGAACAGCAAUCAAAGAAGGUGCUGAGAAGGUCGGAGAAGUGGCUGCAGGUGCUGGGGAGACCGUUUAUAAUGGAGCCAAGGAUGUCGUCGAGCAUCCACAGGAAAAUCUCGGUAAAUGAAGUGGAUUUGCGAAGGUUUGGGGCCAUUUUUUAUAUUACACUAGGAUUUUUGGAGGAAAGAUUGCACGAAGUUAUGGAUUUUGAUGUGUAUCACUAUAAUUCCAUUAUCUACUAUGAGAAAACAGUUCUACAUGUGUUUUUACCCACAAUUCCGCCUUCAAUUUUUUCUGAUCACACCUAAAUUAACAUCGUUUUAGAAAAAGCCGGCGCCGCCAUCAAAGAAGGAGCCUCGGAUGUGGCUACAGGGAUCAAGAACACUGCUGAGAAGGGAUACGAAAGCGGGAAAGCGUUUAUCAACAAUGAGGGUGAGAAUCUUUCUGUUCAUUCUGAUGCCUCGGGCAUCAGAUAUGUCAUGUUUAAUGUCCUCAUGAUGAUGGUUAUGGGGUACAUCAUCUUAUAGCUUCAUGAUUCAUUGAGUCUUCAAUGAUUAGAUUGUUAUAAUUUUUUUCAUAACGCUAAAUUUUUGGUCUAAAACAAUGACGUCACUUUUUUAUUUUAAAAGAUUUGCAUAUUCAAAUUACAUCUCACGAGAUUGCUCAUAGUAUCCCAUCGAAAUAUAUGUCAUAACCCAGCCCUGUAUCAAAUUGCUAACAGAUAUCCUCACAUUUUUGUAUUACUUUACGUGUCCAUUGUCAAAUUGUCCGUCCAUUUGUUAAAAAUUUAGACUAAAAAACGAAUAAAUGUGAAAGCCGACGUCCUCUUACUAUGCUUUACGUGUUUAGAGAACCAAGAGAAACUGUCCCAGGCCUUGGAUGACACCUCAAAUUUCUUCAAGGGGCUUUGGACUCAGAUCAGUAAGUGGAAUUUGGUUUAGAUCGCUUUUUUGUUGCUUUAAGAUCAAUUUUAGUUAGCUUUAUGACUGUUCAGAGUAUUUUCAAAGGUCUAAGGCGUGAUUAUAUUAAUUUCUAUGCUUUUUUUGAGAUUUUAAACUCAAAUUUUUAUUUUUCCGCCAAACUUUACUCUUUUAAUCCGGAAAAGGAAGAUUUGAUCAUUGAGUUUGGUUAUUAAUGGCGUGGAAAGCCUUCAGAUAUAUUUUGGUCCUUGUUGGGACAUGUUUAAGUUUUGCUAUAUCAUCUAUGAGUAUUUUCUCAUUUUUCGUAGGAAAAAGGUUGCACCUUUAGGUUUAGCAAUAGCUUACAAUAGACUUCUUGCUUUGCUAUACCUGUGUUUGCUUUUAGAAUCCUCGGUUUCCGAAGCCUUAUCCGGCCCCGGCGACCGCAAACUCGGGGCGACCCAUGAAGGUACGGUCUACGAAAUCCACUCCUAAGCCGCUUUCUUUCGUUUAGAAGUCAGCAUUUUCACCCUCUGA